UCAUCUUUCUCAUUUCCUUUCCUCCACCCGUUAUUUAUUAUCCAUAAUGUCCCGCAUGUUCUCUGCCAGGCAGCUCACAUCCAAGAGGCUCUUUUCGAGCUCUUCGUUCGCAUUGCAGGGCCAAAACUUGACCGAGAAGAUUGUGCAGCGCUACGCCGUCGACUUGCCCGCCGGUAAGCAGGUGUUUUCCGGCGACUACGUCUCUAUCAGACCGGCACAUUGCAUGUCCCACGAUAAUUCAUGGCCGGUGGCACUCAAGUUCAUGGGGUUGGGCGCCAAGACCGUAAAGGACAACCGCCAGAUCGUGUGCACCUUGGACCACGACGUCCAAAACAAGACCGACAAGAACUUGGAAAAGUAUGAAAAUAUCAAGAAUUUUGCCAAGGAGCACGGUAUUGACUUUUACCCCGCAGGAACCGGUAUUGGCCACCAGAUCAUGAUUGAACAGGGCUACGCUUUCCCGCUCAACCUCUCCGUUGCCUCCGAUUCUCACUCCAACACCUACGGUGGGAUCGGUUCGCUCGGGACACCAAUUGUACGUACCGAUGCCGCAUCGAUCUGGGCUACGGGUCAGACCUGGUGGCAGAUUCCGCCCGUGGCGCAGGUCGAGUUAAAGGGGAAGUUGCCCAAGGGCGUCACUGGUAAGGACGUCAUUGUCGCGUUAUGCGGUGUCUUCAACAACGAUGAGGUCUUGAAUCACGCGAUUGAAUUCACCGGCGAGUUCUUGCACGAGCUUCCAGUCGACUACAGAUUAACCAUCGCCAACAUGACUACCGAGUGGGGUGCACUCUCUGGUUUGUUCCCAGUAGACUCCACCUUAAUCCAGUGGUACCAGGAGCGCAUUUCCAAGUUACCACAGCCGCAUCCACGAGUCAACGCCCAAACUAUCCAGAACUUGAUCGACAACAAGUCUGCGGCCGAUAGCGACGCGUACUACGCGAAGAAGUUGACCAUCGACUUGGACUCCUUGUCUCCGUACAUCUCCGGGCCAAAUUCCGUCAAGGUUUCCACCUCCUUGAAUCAGUUAUCCGGCAAGGACAUCAAGAUUGACAAGGCCUACCUUGUCUCCUGUACGAAUUCGCGUUUGUCCGAUAUCAAGGCUGCUGCUGAUGUGUUGAAGGGUCACAAGGUUGCCCCAGGUGUGGAGUUCUACGUCGCUGCUGCAUCCGCCAAUGUCCAGAGAGAUGCCGAGGCCAGUGGAGCCUGGAAGACCAUCCUCGACGCCGGUGCCAUCCCAUUGCCAGCUGGCUGCGGUCCGUGUAUCGGACUCGGUGCCGGCCUUUUGAAAGACGGUGAGGUGGGUAUUUCUGCCACCAACAGAAACUUCAAGGGUCGUAUGGGCUCCAAGGAUGCCCUUGCCUACUUGGCUUCUCCAGAGGUUGUUGCUGCCUCUGCCGUGUUAGGAAAGAUUGCCGGCCCAGAGGAAAUUGGCGGCGGUCCAGUGGGCGGUGCUCCGGCAAUCCGCAAAACCGUUACCAACAAUGCAAAACCUCAGGGCGGAGCUACUGCCGUAGGCGGUUCUAUUGAAGUCUUGGAAGGCUUCCCGGCCUCCAUCGAAGGAGAAUUAAUCUUGUGUGAUGCUGACAACAUCAACACAGACGGGAUCUACCCGGGAAAGUAUACCUACCAAGACGAUGUCUCGCGCGAAAAAAUGGCCGAGGUGUGUAUGGAGAAUUAUGAUUCUGAGUUCGGCAGCAAGACCAAGGCGGGUGACAUUAUCAUCUCAGGGUUCAACUUCGGGACCGGCUCCUCGCGUGAACAGGCUGCCACGUGCAUCUUGGCGCGAGACAUGAAACUCGUGGUGGCGGGCUCCUUCGGUAACAUUUUCUCGAGAAACUCCAUCAACAACGCGUUGUUGACCUUGGAGAUUCCAACCUUGGUGGGUAUGUUAAGAGCCAAGUACGCCGAUGCGCCAGCUCAGUUGACCAGAAGAACCGGCUGGACCUUGAAAUGGGACGUCACCAAGGCCCAAGUCAUUGUUAGGGAUGACACCGGGGCCGUUGUUUUACAAGAGAAGGUUGGUGAAUUAGGUACGAACUUGCAGGAGAUUAUUGUCAAGGGUGGUUUGGAAGGCUGGGUCAAGUCUCAGUUGUAAAGCCUAGGAUAAUUGUACACUAGAUUGAUUAAUGAAUACGCGGUUGUUGCAGUUAGUUAUAAUGGGUAAGUGGAAGAGAGUGUAGCACAGGUGGCUUGAAGCGGGGUGCUCUAAAGAAUUCCAG